UAUUUUGUAAAGACUGACCGGAAACUUUGAGCUGGUAACUGCUGGCGGAGCUGAAAGAAGCUAAAAGCUAAGAGCUAACUACACUGUACUCCUCGCUGUUAUUGAGCUGCUUUCAGGUUAAAACUAACACGUUUUUUUAAAGUGCUGACAUUUUUGCCGGUGGUAAAGAGUCAGUCCUUCAAUGAGAUUGGCUCUCCUGUUGAACUUGAUCAGUGUGUGUGUGUGUGUGUGUGUGUCACCUUGGCUGCAGUCCUCAGUCUCUCUGGGCGUGGGUGAUACUGGCUCUGUGCCAGUCCUCUGUAGAUGAAGAUGUCCCUGGCCCAGCGAGUGCUCCUCUCCUGGAUCUUUGCCCUGAUCUUUCUCAUCAUGCUGGUCCUCAAGCUAGACUCUAAGAUCCACUGGAACUGGUUUCUCAUCUUCCUUCCUGUCUGGACCUUUGACACCAUCCUCAUCCUCAUGCUGAUAGUGAAGAUGGCAGGGCGCUGCAAGCCGGACUUUGACCCCAGGGAUGGGGAGCAGAGCCUGAAGAGGAGGCUGUGGUACCUGACAGCUCUGCUGCUGAAGCUGGCCUUCUGUCUGACACUGUGCUCCCGCCUGGAGAGGCUCACCGAAAUGUGGGUCAGUGUGGUGUGUGUCCCGCUGUGGGUGCUGCUGGGUGGGGCACUGGUGGAGCUGGGACACAGUGUUUUCCACUACAGGAGGGAAUGAAACGGAGGACUCUGCAGUAAACACAGAGGACAAAAACUUUUUCUCUCGCUUGGGAUGCACCAAUCUGAACCACUGGAUUGGUAUCAGGGCAGAUACUGACCUAAUUAGGUCGAUCAUGUAACAGUCAGACAUGACAGAUCCACAUAAAUACAGUUUCAUCAUCAAUGUCUAUAAAAUUCAGUGUCUGCUAUAAGUUACAUUUAAAUCACAGCAGAUUGCAGACUUAAUGACAUGCUGUACGGAUCCCAGUGAGUUCUGCAUUGUGUGGUUUAAAAGAAAGUGUACUUGUAUUUGAUUGGGAAUCGAUAUGCAAUAUUCAGAAAGAAGUCAGAAAUCUUUCCACAGUAAGAGCUUAUUUGGGGUCAUUCUUUGACAGCAUUAGAUCUUUGUUCAAAAGGAAGAAUUAAGGUACACCAGUCUUCAGUUUGGCAUCUUUAGAAUAAAUCCAGCCUUCACAUUGUUUGAGCAUUCACAUCGCUGCCUUCUGGCUCAUCUUUAGGCUGCAGAAUUUAAUGAAAUGGUUAAAGGGUAAUAAGAGUUUUUAUUUUUAUUGUUAAACCUGCUCACGUUCUGCCAUUGUGAUCCAAAAUCAGUUACUUGCUACACUAAAUGUGAGACUUUAAGUCACUAUUUACGGAGAGACCGCACAUAUGUACACACAAAUGCAGUAAUUUCUGAUGUGGGAUCCUUGUGACACUGAAUUUGUGUUGACCGAAUGAAAUGAUGCAACCUGCAGUAGCAUGCACUGUGUGCAACUGAGCCAUAUUAUACCUGUUUGUGAAAUCACUGUUUAAUCGUAUAUCACUAUCUGACCAUUUCUGCAAAGCAGUUAUGUGACGAUACACACAUGAUGUAUUACAAUUAUUUCAGUCCUCAUCCAAGAAUGUCUCUCUCACAAUUUGAAUGUAAAUUCUUUACUUUCUCCAACUAUAUACACCAACUAUUGUGGCACCAAAGUUCAUGGCAAUCAAUCCACUAGUUUUGAGUGUUGGACCAACAUCAUCUAGAUCCAAGCCAAUUAAAGCAAGUUUUUAACUGGU